CCCGUUCCCACCUCUUUCCACCGUCUCUUCCUUUCUCUACGUCUCUCUCUUUUCCCAGCUCUUUCCUUCCUCCCUUUUCUUGCUUUCGAACCAGUGAAGGGGAAGCUAUAAAAGCGGAAAAAUCGGAUUUUUUGGUUUGCCACCCGCUUUCUCUCUCGGUGUAUUCCUUGGAGAGUUGGAUUGUUGGAUGGGUGUCUGAUUUUUUGUGGAGGAGGCCAUGGGCAAUUGCUUGGACUCGUCAUCCAGAGUAGAGAACGCCCAGAAUUCUUCCUUUGAUCUUGAAAUCUUUUAAGUAAGGACUGUCCACGAAGAUUUGACUAGAGGCUGUCCCAUAAGGUGUUGGAAGUCAAGAGCCCUCAAGAUUUCAUGAGGGGAAGCUAAGUGCUGACAGCACAAAAUUCCCUUCAGGAGUUAAAACUUGUAAGGUAUUUGAAGAUCUCUCUGAAGCAAAGUUUUCGAGGAACAGAUUGCAUUGCACUCUUGGCUCCAAUUCUUUUGAAAAUUCAGCAGAUUGAUAACUUACAUUGUAAGCUAGAGCCUCAAAUAAGCUCGAUGAUUGCACUGUAAACUUGUUUUGCAGAUGUCCAAGGUCUAUUCACAAUAUUCUGCAUCAGGGAGAAUUUGUUUUGUAGUGGUAUAUAUUAAUCACAUUGUGAUUGUUCUCAUUCUUGUGACAAGAUAGUUUGAUCCCUCGAAAGUCACCAGCAAAACAAGUUUAUCUUCAGUUCCUUCAACACUGACAACAUACUCAACUCGUUCAACCCUGACCGUGCCUUCUUAUACUGAGAGGAGUGCUAAUGAGAAUCUUCUUACACCACGAACUGAAGGUGAGAUAUUGUCCUCCUCAAAUUUGAAGGACUUCACAUUCAAUGAUCUGAGGAAUGCCACUAGAAACUUCCGGCCGGAUAGUCUUCUUGGGGAAGGAGGAUUUGGUUGUGUCUAUAAAGGUUGGAUCGAUGAACAAAGUUUAACUGCUUCAAGGCCUGGUACCGGCAUGGUUGUUGCUGUCAAGAAGCUUAAACCGGAGGGUUACCAGGGCCAUAAGGAAUGGCUGACAGAGGUGGACUAUCUUGGUCAGCUUCACCAUCGAAAUUUAGUUAAGCUCAUUGGUUACUGUUCAGAGGGUGACAACCGACUUCUAGUUUAUGAAUUCAUGCCAAGAGGCAGUUUGGAGAAUCAUCUUUUCAGAAGAGGUUCACAACCACUGCCUUGGGCAAUAAGGAUCAAAGUUGCUAUUGGAGCUGCUAGGGGGCUCUCUUUUUUGCAUGAUGCUGAAUCACAAGUCAUAUAUCGAGAUUUUAAGGCCUCAAACAUCCUUCUUGACUCGGAAUUCAAUGCAAAGCUUUCAGACUUUGGGUUGGCAAAAGCUGGACCAACUGGGGACAGAACUCAUGUCUCCACGCAAGUCAUGGGCACUCAUGGAUAUGCUGCUCCUGAAUAUAUUGCAACAGGCCGGCUCUCUGCAAAGGCCGAUGUAUACAGCUUUGGGGUUGUGUUGUUGGAGCUGCUGUCUGGACGUCGGGCUGUCGACAAAACAAGAGUAGGCUUAGAGCAGAAUCUUGUCGACUGGGCAAAGCCCCAUUUGGGUGAUAAGCGCAAAUUAUACCGGAUCAUGGACACAAGACUAGAGGGCCAAUAUCCAAAGAAAGGAGCCCAUGCGGUUGCCAACCUUGCUCUGCAGUGCAUUGGCAGCGAGGCCAAACUCCGGCCUCGUAUGUCUGAGGUGUUGGCCACACUGGAGCAACUGCAAGACCCAAAGAACACAGCGGUGACGCAACCCCAAACAGAUCGAUGGCAAGCCUCUAGCACCAUCCCAAGGUCACCUAUGAGGCAGUAUAAGUCACCACGACGCCGGACACCUGCUGGCUCCCCGUUGCCAUCGUAUCUACGGUCGCCGCGUGUACAUUGAACAAGAGAAGCACAUUCAAAUGGUACUUUCAGUGUAUAUUUGAUACUAUUCGCCUAAUUUAUUUUUUGUUUGCUUCAUGUUUCGUAAUUCACAUGCUGCAAUUUACAUCUUCAAGAGAGUAGGGUCCUUGGGAAAAUGCACUUUGCAUUGCACAUUUACAAUACAGUGUUAAUUUUGUCCAUGGAAGAACCUGUAUUUUUCAGCGCAUUGAUGUUUAUCGAGCUUUAUUUGAUGAUAGAAAUGUUCUUGUCGACCUACAAUGGUUGUGUUUCUAGAUUUAUAUAGCAGAGAGAGCUCAAGUUUCUUAUUUA